CAGGCGACGAAUUAAAAUAUGGUCUAAUAGCACAAAGGACUCACUAAAAACACUUAUGAAAACCUCAUUCGCUAUUGACAAAGCCAAUUGCAUCUAUGACGUUCGCCCCCGAUUCUGCUCCGUCACAACAAUCACAGUUCGCUCCAAGUCGCGACCGACAGCACUAUGAUUCUAGAAUUCUUUAUAUUCAUCCUCACUACCCUUGUAGUGUACUAUGUCUACAUAUAUAAGAAACUCCACAAAUAUUUCGAGAAAAAAGAUGUUAAGUACGUCCCUGGUGUGCCAAUUUUCGGCAAUGUUAUGAAGAACACGUUCUUAAAAAACCAUUUUGUGGAUGACCUGAUGAAUGUGUAUAACGCGUUUCCAGAUGAGAGGUAUAUAGGGUUCAUGGAGUUCACAUUGCCAAUAAUACUCAUCCGUGAUCCUGAGCUCAUCAAGAGCAUCACCGUCAAGGACUUUGAACACUUCACCGACCACCGCGAGUUCUUCACUGAGGAGUCCGACCCCUUAUUCGCAGGGAGCCUUCUAUUAAUGAAAGGUAACAAAUGGCGUGACAUGAGGACAACACUGAGCCCAGCUUUUACUGCAUCCAAAAUGAAACUAAUGAUGCCGUUUAUUUUAGAAAAUACUAACAACAUUCUUGAGUUUUUGGAAGAAAAUCAAUUCAAAGAGGUAGAUGUUGACGAUUUCGUUCGAAGAUACACGAACGACGUCAUCGCGUCAGCAGGCUUCGGUCUUCAAGUCAAUUCUUUAAAAGAUAAAAACAACGAGUUUUAUAAAAUUGGCAGUACCAUCUUCGAAUUUACCUUAUGGCAAAGGCUUAUGCUCAUCUAUAUUACAAUGUUUCCCGAAUUAUCCAAGAAAACCAAAUCCCGGGUAUUCCCAGAUGAAACAUACAAAUUCUUCAAGGAUAUUGUGGUUUCAACAAUGGAGUAUAGGAAAAAGGAAAAAGUAGAGCGACCGGACAUGAUACAGUUGCUAAUGGAAACUCCAAAAGAAUGGACACCAGAAGAAAUCAUUGGCCAAGUAUUCAUAUUCUUCGCAGCAGGCUUCGAGACUUCAGCCACAGCUUUAGUGAUGACCAUCCACGAACUGGCAAUCAACCCAGGCGUCCAAAAUAAGUUGUAUAAUGAGAUAAAAAGUUUCAGCGAACAGAAGGAACUAACCUUUGACAAUCUCAGCGAACUUAAAUAUCUCGACUGUGCGUUUAAUGAAACCCUAAGAAAAUGGUCUCCAGCGAUCAUAUUGGACAGAACCUGUGUGAAAACCUACGAGUUACCGCCGUCCAGAGAAGGAGGAAAGCCUUGUGUUUUAAAUCCCGGCGACGUUGUAUACAACAUGGUAAACUGCUUGCAAAUGGAUCCCAAAUAUUUUCCUGAUCCCGAGGUCUAUGACCCUGACAGAUUUUCUGAUGAGAAUAAGCAUAAAAUCAAACCAUUCACUUACAUGCCAUUCGGAUCUGGACCAAGAAUUUGUAUUGGUAUGAGGUUUGCGAUGAUGGAACUCAAAGUACUCAUGUACCACAUCUUACUGAAGUACAAGAUCGUGAAAACUGUGAAGACAAUGGACCCGUUAGCUCUAAAGGCUCACAAUUUUAACAUCAGGGCUGCAGAAGGCACCUGGGUUAAAUUUGAGAAAAGGCUACAUAAUUUAUGUAGGUGUAAUAUACCAUAUCAUAUGUUCCUCUCCCUCAACGGUUUGUCCGCUAGUUCACUACGGGACGCGGACGAUAGCACUAUGAUUCUCGAAAUAAUAAUAUGUCUCGUCACUACCUUAGUGGGAUACUAUAUUUGGAGUCACAAACAGUUACAUAAAUAUUUUGAGGAAAGAGGUGUGAAAUAUGUACCCGGUAUACCGCUUUUUGGAAAUGCCUUGAAAAGUACGUUCGUCAAAAGGCAUAGUUUGUACGAUCUGUUGGAUGUUUAUGCUGCGUUUCCGGAUGAAAAAUAUGUAGGGUAUAUGGAACUUACAGUACCAAUAUUCUUGAUCCGUGAUCCAGAAAUAAUCAAGAGCAUUACCAUCAAGGAUUUUGAUCACUUCACCGACCACAGGGAGUUUUUCACUGAGGAUUCUGACCCUCUGUUUGCAGGCAGCCUAUUUCUCAUGAAAGGUGAAAAAUGGCGGGAAAUGAGGACUACACUGAGCCCUGCGUUUACUGGAUCCAAAAUGAAAUACAUGUUACCAUCUAUUGUAGAAAACAGUCAUAAUGUUUUGGAAUACUUAAGUGAACAUCAGUCACAGGAGAUCAAUGUCGAUGAUUUAGUUCGUCGUUACACUAAUGACGUCAUCGCCACAGCGGGCUUUGGUCUUCAAGUUAAUUCUUUCAAGAACAAAGACAACGAGUUCUUCGAAAUUGGUAGCAAUAUAUUCGAGUUUGACUUCAAGCAAAGAAUUUUCAUGAUGUUUACUUCGCAAUUCCCUAGCUUAGCGAAGAAAUUCGGUACACGCUUAUUCCCGGAUAAAACGUACAACUUCUUCAGGAACAUUGUGUCAUCCACCAUGGAAUAUAGAAAGAAAGAGAAAGUGGAACGACCUGACAUGAUUCAGUUACUGAUGGAAACCCCUAAAGAAUGGACUGCAGAAGAAAUAAUUGGUCAAGUGUUUCUCUUCUUUGCUGGAGGUUUUGAAACAACAGCGUCAGCUAUUGCUAUUUCAAUUCAUGAAAUGGCAAUAAACCCUGACGUUGAAGAUAAAUUGUAUCAGGAAAUCAAAAACUUCAACGAAAAGAAUGAGCUUACAUUCGAUAAUAUUAACGAUCUUAAGUAUCUGGACUGUGUCGUCAAUGAAACUUUAAGGAAAUGGAGUCCAGCUAUAUUGAUGGACAGAAUAUGCACGAAAACUUAUGAACUGCCCCCGCCAAGGGAGGGUGGAAAGCCUUGCGUAUUGAAUCCUGGAGACAUAAUUUACAACAUGGUCAACUGCUUACAAUUGGACCCGAAAUAUUAUUCUGACCCAGACGUCUAUGACCCUGACAGGUUUUCUGAUGAGAACAAGCAUAAAAUUAAACCAUUUACUCACAUGCCAUUUGGAUCCGGGCCAAGAAUUUGUAUCGGUAUGAGGUUUGCGCUGAUGGAAGUGAAAGUAUUUUUGUACCAUGUAUUGCUGAAAUAUAAAAUCGUCCGAUGUGAUAAGACGACGGACCCUAUCACACUGAAAGCUCACAAUUUUAACAUCAAGGCAGCGAACGGAUCCUAUGCUAAAUUUGAAAAGAGAGAAUAACGUUUUACGAUACAGGAAGACAUUGAUAUGAUUUAAUGUGCCUUCUUUUUGUACUACCUAGAAUUUAUUGUAUGUAUUAUCUAGGAUAAGUGUAAUAAAUCUGCAGAAAUAAAGAUUACUACCAAGCAAUAUA